CUAUUACGGCGGUGGACCGCCCCAAAAGUGGCACAACGAAGACCAUGACGUGAAGGUGCCACCACCUCCGGGACCCUUGCACGGAGGAGGGUGGCAUGCUCACCAUCCUCCGCCCAUGAUGAACAGCGAAGACGCAACCUCAGCCUACUCAGCGCCUCAUGGUCCUCCACUGCCACCCCCCUCCCCUGUCAUCGCCCUCGCCUUCAACAAGAGCACCUUCUGCUACGAAGAGCUCGCGACUGCGACCAACGGGUUCUCGCAUGCUAACCUGUUGGGGCAGGGAGGAUUUGGGUACGUGCACAAAGGAGUUCUCCCCAAUGGGAAGGAGAUCGCAGUAAAGCAACUCAAGUCGGGGAGCGGACAGGGAGAGCGGGAGUUCCAGGCUGAGGUCGACAUCAUUAGCCGCGUUCACCAUCGCCACCUCGUGUCCCUCGUCGGAUACUGCAUCUCUGGUUCACAGAGAAUGCUGGUGUACGAGUUCGUCCCCAACAAGACGCUCGAGUACCACCUCCAUGGAAAAGGACUCUCGGCGAUGGAUUGGUCGACCAGACUCAAAAUUGCGUUAGGAUCAGCCAGAGGACUCGCUUACCUGCAUGAGGACUGUCACCCUCGAAUCAUUCACCGUGACAUCAAGUCUGCCAACAUCCUCCUGGAUUUAAAAUUCGAAGCCAUGGUGGCAGAUUUCGGGUUGGCCAAACUGUCGUCCGACAACCACACUCAUGUUUCCACACGUGUUAUGGGAACGUUCGGGUAUUUGGCUCCUGAGUACGCAUCGAGCGGGAAGCUGACAGAGAAAUCUGAUGUCUUUUCCUAUGGAGUGAUGCUUCUGGAGCUGAUAACAGGACGACGACCGGUCGAUACACACACAUUCAUGGAAGAUAGCUUGGUGGACUGGGCAAGGCCUGUGUUGUCGCGUGCUUUGGCUGACGGAGACUACGAUGAGAUAGCUGAUCCACGCUUAGACGGCAACUACGAUCCCAUGGAGAUGGCACGCAUGGUGGCUUGUGCCGCUGCCAGCGUUCGCCACUCUGCGAGAAGACGACCGAAGAUGAGCCAGAUUGUGAGAGCAUUGGAAGGCGACGUAUCGCUGGAAGACUUGAACGAGGGGAUGAGGCCCGGGCAGAGCAUGCUCUUCGGCUCAGGCUCCGACUAUGAAUCGAACUCGUACACCUCCAGCAUGAACCGUCUCAGAAAGGUUAUGAUCGCAAGCCCUGAAUACAGUGAUGGGUACGACGGACCGAUCACAGAAUUCGAGCAUUGCCAUUCUGCAUCCAGCAGCGGAGGAUUCUCCGGCGACUUGAAUCCUAUCGGAAAACAAAGGCAUUUUUGAGGAGGCCAACACGAGGCCCAGCUAC